ACGACCGCGGCCAGUCGACCCACAGCCGCCGCGUCGAGCGCACGUUUCGCUAGUAUCGCUCGCUCGAUAACGUAGCCGAAGUGUUGUGUUUUUUUCCGAUAAAGGAUUUCUGGUGCCUGCCACAGUGGACCGAACCGUUCUUUUUAAUUACAAAGAGCCAGUGAUGUCCACUUGAGCAAUGGCGAGCGCAGGCGCAGUGCUCCUGGAGGCGCGGCCCUUCAGGCCCUUCAAGUCCUCGGAGGAGUACCUCUACGCCAUGAAGGAGGACCUGGCGGAGUGGCUGACCAUCCUCUACCCUGAGCUGAGGAUCAACGCGGACAAUUUCUUGGACAGACUGGAUACGGGCGUCGCUUUGUGCCGGGUAAGUUUUAUUUAUUUAUUACUCGACCACGUGAAGAAAGGUCUGUUUUUAGGGUUUUCUCGGAAAUUAUUCGAAAUUUUCUUGCCGUAA